AAUCCAUCCAAUGCUGUGUGUCUAUUUCUUUGUCUUGUCUGCUGGUCACUGCAAAAUGGGUAUUUUGAUAUAAAACAAUAUAAUAUAAAUUUCCACCAUUAUUCAUCGUAGAUAUCCAAUUUCAAUGGCCAACAAGAGUGAAGUGAAGCUUAUUGGAAAAUGGUCAAGUCCUUAUGUGACAAGGGUGAAGAUUGCCCUAAACAUCAAAUCGCUUGAUUAUGAAAACUUUGAAGAGAACGAAACUUUUAACCCCAAAAGCGAUCUUCUUCUUCAAUCCAACCCUGUUUAUGGCAAAGUCCCUGUUCUCAUUCACCUAGACAAACCCAUCUGUGAGUCUCUCAUCAUUCUUGAAUAUAUUGAUGAGACUUGGUCAACUGCUCUUUCUAUUCUCCCCACCGAUCCUUAUGAUAGAGUUCUUGCUCGGUUCUGGGCUGCUUAUAUAGAUCAAAAGUGGUUUCCUUGUAUGCAAAGCAUAAUUACUGUUGAAGUAGAGGAGGAAAGGAAGCCAUAUUUUGAAGUCAUGGAAGAAGUGGUUGAGAGGAUGGAGGAUGCUUUUGAAAAAUGCAGUAAAGGAAAGCCCUUUUUUGGUGGUGACAGGAUUGGGUAUCUUGAUGUUGCAUUUGGGAGCUUUUUGGGAUGGCUUAGUGUGAUAGAGAAUGAGUAUGAAAGGAAAGUGUUGGUUGAAGAAAAAUCUCCUAAUUUGGUGAAAUGGGCUGAGAGAUUUAUUGCUGACCCUGCUGUUGUCGGGCUUAUACCCGAGACUGAGAGACUUGUUAAGCUUUCCAAAGCCCUUCAGAUCAAAUGGAGAGCUGCUCUUGGUAAGAAAUAGAAUGGAAAUGCUUGUCCAAAUAAUGUUGUUGUAUAAUGAAGUUGUUGCAACAAAUAAAGUUAAAUGUGUGGAAUUCGUUUCUUUUUGCAGUUAUUA